AUGCCUCCACGUAUGAGGCGACGUAUAACGUCGGCCAGAAGAGAAGAAAUUGAGCGACAGCAAGAAAAGAUUUCGAAGACUAUAGUUAGACCGUUUGAAAACCUAUCAGGAUUACCAGUGAGCUUUAAUCCGCCUCCAAACGGGCACUACGAAGACGUGUUUAAAAACCCAUUGACAAUCAAAGAUUCAGGUGUAUUAUAUAGAUCAUUAAUGAAGUCAAGAUUGAACUACAUAUUCGUCUGUCCCAUGUUUCGGUUAUACUGGAUGAAGCAAAGUUCCUAUGCAAAGAAGCUAGUCGAACAAGAUAAACCAUUGCCAAAAUCUGGCAAGGAUGAUGACCUGGCUCGAACACCUAUUGUUGGUGGAAAUGCAAGUGCUAGAGAAGUGAUGGCUAAAUUGUGUGAUGCUACCUUGGAUUUGGGGCCACAUAGCUUUGAAAUUAGGAUAUUUAUUGCAAAGGAUGAGAGGUCAGAGAAGCCCUCGAAGAAGAACAAAGAUUCAGGAGAGAUGAAGAUCCCAACAGCCCCUAGAGAUGAAGAUACCGGGAAUAAUGAAAUUAAUGAGAAAAAGGGCAGCAAGGAUAAGACAGACUCAAUGUCCGAGGUUAAUGGACAUUCCAGUAAUGAUACCAAAGCCAAAAUAUCUGAGCCUAAGGCAGAAGAGUUGGAUAAGACCACCCCGGAUACCAUAAGCCUGAUAGCUGCGGUUCAAAGUGGCGAGGUUAUUCCAAGUAAAGAAGAGUCAAGUCCAGUUUCAAAGUCUAACUUGACAAACGAAGGGGCACGGGAUGAAGAAGAUUUGAACAAGGUCAACAAAAAAGAAUCAAAAAACGAAGAAGCGAUGCCAAAGGAUCAAGAAGAGACAACUCUAAAGACCCAGCCUAAAAAGAGGGCAGCUUUAAAAGAUAAAGGUAAGGAGAAUGUGGAAGAUCAAUCAAAAAUGGAUCAAUCGAAUGACUCUAAGUCGUUUAGUCAGAUUGGUCUGGAGCAGGACCUUUCUGCUACCAACGGAUCUGAUGCUGAAGACGAUCAAAAGGAUCGAGAGGACAUUAGUGAAUCUCAGAAUGCUAGUGAGACACCAAAAGCAGCCGAACCUGUUGUAAUGACGCCUAAUGUGAUAAAAGAACCAGCGAAAGCAACAGAGCUGACCUCAAACCCAGUACCACAUGACAAUGCUAACAUGCAAUCUAUCGAAAACACCAUUAUGAUUUCUAACUUGAAUAUGAUCGCUAGAACGGACGAAUCACUCAAUUCAUUGAUGAAAAUCGUCGCUCUGGGAAAUGCUUCACCUCAAGAAAUUUUGAGGUUUCAGGGAUACAUAAAAAAAGCUAGGGAGAUGGGACCGCAACUGCAUCAUGCUUAUCUCUUCGCCUCUCAAGGUUCUCCUUUUUCUGGACGAAAAGAAAAAAAGACUAAGGAAAAGAAACUACCUAAACCAAAAAUCUCUAACGAUCAAAAGCUAACAGCUUUUCAAGAAAAGUAUUUGAAAGAUGCUACACUCGUGUUUGAAUUUGCUGAAAAUCCAAAUGUUAGAUAUUUGCUCCCCAAAGAUGCAAUAUGUGAGGUUUUGCCUAGCUCAGAGAAUACGACCGAUCCGUUGGUAUCAUCUGAUAAUAGGGAUGUAAUAGUAAGCUAUAUUUGGGUACAUAAUCAAAAAGAGUUAGAAAAUUACAAUAAGAGAGUUGCUGAGUAUGAAAAAUAUGUUGAAGCCAAAGAAGCCAAAGAGACCCAAGAAGCUAAAGAAGCUAAAGAAGUUAAAGAUGCUAAAGAAGCUAAAGAGGCUAAAGAAGCUAAAGACUCUAAAGAAAAUGAAAAUCUUGAUGAGCAGGAUAAUAAAGACGCAAAUCAGAAUGGGGACAAUGAUGAGGGCCAUGAUACACAUGGUGAGAGAAUAACUGGUAAAGCUAAAGGCCCGCCUCAUGAUGAUUCCGUUAUUAAAGAGGAAGAAGAAGAAGAAAGUCAAAAUGGCAAAUCGACGAAAAAGGCCCCUCAAAGAAAGCUUAGAAAUAAGAGAAAGCCACUUCAGAGGAAAAAAGCAUCACAACCUAAACCACCGAUGCUUCCAGAAGAGCCUGAGCUUAGAUAUACGACACUUUCUUUUAGGCUCAUUGGCAUCCCCCAAAGAUAUAUACCUGUGAUCACUAAUAGUUUUGAACCUGUUGAAACUGUAAGGAAAAAGAUGUCCAAAAUUUUAGAGAAAGGAACGAGAACAGCAAGCUUUUAUUUGUGGUACCAAAUUGAUGGAAAAUUAGACGAAGCUUUAGCAGAAGAAAUAAGAGUUCAAUUGAAUCAAGAAGAAAAGAAGAUGCAAGGAGUUUUAAGCACAAACCCUUCAAAAACUAUUAAAAAGAGGAAAUUGAAAGACAAGACGGAUGUUAAACCGAAAAAAACCAAGUCCAAUCAGCAAACUUCAAAUGAUUCUGAGAGUAAAACAAAUAUGCCUGCUAACGGGAACACAGUGAGGCCACAACCAGUGCCGGAUAAUGGAGAGAACCCUCCCCUCUCUGCAACACAGCUGCCAGCUGCUGAGCUUGCUCGUACUGCUGACUCAGUCAAUGAAGUCAAAGAAGAAGAAAAUAGAAUUCAAUAG